CAUUAACACUGUCUGUCUCUGUGCUAGAUCGCAGUGCCAUCAGCUGGCUUCAACUGGCACUAAAAGGGUGGUUAGUGUGUCUUCCUGGAACCAUUGCUGUAAUUAGACUUCUGAUACUGUCAUAGCUCCCAAUUGACCCUUUGUAGAAGGGACAGUCCCUAUCUCUGGGUCUGACUCCAUCUGGAUCACUUUUCUAUCCUUAUGUCCCUUUUUUGUUGUUGUUGCUAUGAGCUCUACAUUGUUGGUGUGUCUGAUUGAGUGUAUAACAGAGCUCCACAGCAAUAAUACUCCCAGUAAUGUGUCUGAGUGUAUAACAGAGCUCCACAGCAAUAAUACUCCCAGUAAUGUGUCUGAGUGUAUAACAGAGCUCCACAGCAAUAAUACUCCCAGUAAUGUGUCUGAGUGUAUAACAGAGCUCCACAGCAAUAAUACUCCCAGUAAUGUGUCUGAGUGUAUAACAGAGCUCCACAGCAAUAAUACUCCCAGUAAUGUGUCUGAGUGUAUAACAGAGCUCCACAGCAAUAAUACUCCCAGUAAUGUGUCUGAGUGUAUAACAGAGCUCCACAGCAAUAAUACUCCCAGUAAUGUGUCUGAGUGUAUAACAGAGCUCCACAGCAAUAAUACUCCCAGUAAUGUGUCUGAGUGUAUAACAGAGCUCCACAGCAAUAAUACUCCCAGUAAUGUGUCUGAGUGUAUAACAGAGCUCCACAGCAAUAAUACUCCCAGUAAUGUGUCUGAGUGUAUAACAGAGCUCCACAGCAAUAAUACUCCCAGUAAUGUGUCUGAGUGUAUAACAGAGCUCCACAGCAAUAAUACUCCCAGUAAUGUGUCUGAGUGUAUAACAGAGCUCCACAGCAAUAAUACUCCCAGUAAUGUGUCUGAGUGUAUAACAGAGCUCCACAGCAAUAAUACUCCCAGUAAUGUGUCUGAGUGUAUAACAGAGCUCCACAGAAAUAAUACUCCCAGUAAUGUGUCUGAUUGUAUAAGAGAGCUCCACAGAAAUAAUACUCCCAGUAAUGUGUCUUUAAACUAUCCCCCUUCCCACAUAAAGUAAAAAUGCACCUUCAUAGGUGUGUAUCUUAAUCCCCUCUUUACAUUUCUUACCCACUUUAGUGUAUUUUAUCCCGCCCUUUUGUGUCUUACACCCCCUUGUGUGUGGCACCCUGGACACAGAUACACACGGACAUUUACACACAUGGAUAUGCAGACUGAGACCUACACACUGACACAAAUUUAGAUAUAUACACACAUAGAUGUAAUCAUUUUAAUAUUUUUAGCCACCUUCUGCUUACCUUUUUUGUGCCGGAGGGUGCCUCCCCUAGGGUCCUGCUGAGGCUGAUGGGAGUGUGAGUCUGAGGCUGGUUCUCUUCCCCCACUCCCGUGCUUUUUUCCUCCUGCAUGGCUCACUCUGUAGCUUGAAGGAAGUGACCUGCACUCACUUCCUCCUAGUCAGACGAUACUCCAGGGGCCCGUUCGCCCUGGUAAAGGGCCUCUGUGCCAGAGCGGGCUGCAGUUCACUAACUGCAUGGACCACCCAGUCACCCCUCUGCAAUGUGCGGGUCCAGUCACUGCACUGGCUGUAGUUUCAGAGCUGCCUUCCGCCCCUUUCUACAUCUUUUUCACCCACCCAGCCCCUUUGUGUGUUUCUUUCUCUCCUAUUUCUCUUUGUGUCUCUUUGUUGCAAUGGCCGCGCACGCAUUAGACCUCCCCAGAGGAAAGCAUUAUUCAGUGCUUUCCCAUGGGGAUUCCGGGGACGCUGAAGGUCCUAGACAGCCACUAGAGGAGGACUUCACCCUGCAAGGUAAUUAUUGCAGUUUAUAAAAACUGCAAUAAUUACACUUGCAGGUUUAAGGGUGAUGGAAGUUGGCAACCAGACCACUCCAAUGGGCAGACGUGGUCUGGGUGCCUGGAGUGUCCCUUUAAACACCUUCACUGUGUUACCCUCUAUCACUUCAGCUGGAAGGCUAUUCCAUGCAUCCACUACCCUCUUAGUAAAGUAAUACUUCCUGAUACUAUUUUUAAACCUUCGUCCCUCUUAUCUCCUCCUAGCGUGGCUGGGCGGACCUCGGUAGAGGAUCUUUUGUAUCUUAUACCCGGUCUGACAGAAAGCCAUUAGUUGUUCUCAGUGAGCAGCUUCCUGUCAUACUGAGUACGCGAUACAGAAGAUUCUCUACCGCGGUCUAUGCCGCUAUGCUAUAUGUAGUGACUGGUAGGAGGGGAAGCACUCCUGCUGAUCACUUGCAUAUUGUGCCCUGUAUUCCUAAACACUAUAGUAUUUAUCUAACUGCACUAAUGUCCCUCCUCCGUUUAAGGGCUUGAAGGGUGAGUUUUACAUACCUUUCAUCCCUCUCUGCGCCAGUCUCAGUCCUCCUGACACGCCAAUCCUUUGCUUUCCCAUAGGAUACUAUGUACUUUGCCUGUUCUAAUGUCAUAUUGCAAAUAUUUUACUAAAAAUACACUGCAAAAAAAAGUAAGUGUAAAGUACUUUUUUUUACUAUCUUAUUUCAGAUAAGUAAUGUCCGAACGAGAGCUUGAUGCCGCAGAGGGGAAGGAAAAAUCAUACAAACCCAGUAAUUCCAAACCUGAACAUACAGGGGCAACCUCAAGCAAAGCAGCUUCUCGGUGAGACACUCAAUACAGCAGCGUCCUAAGGGGGGAUCCCAGUGACAGGCACCAGCGGGUUGCACACAGCAAACACCUUUCACUAGAGUAGGCACCUGCCUAUCGGCAUACUCAAGUGUCUGCUCUGCAGUUUUAAAUGAGAUGGUGAGCUGCAGGAAUCAGUCUGUGCUCUGACGGUACAACUCCCACACAGUACUGAUUCAAGGAGGUAACAUCACCCCAACAUCAGUACAGAGCUGCAGGGAGCUGUGCACUGCUGUUUGCAGACUGUUCCCAGCAGCUAACCUCUAGACACCAGGGAUAAGGGUAUGUGUGUGUUUAUGAAAGUGAGCUUGUGUGUAUACAAAUGUGAAUGUACGUGUUUGUAAUUUCCAUAACAAAUGGUUGUUCCGGCAUUGCAGAGAGAGAGACAAAAACAAUCAACACUUGGGGCGGGGGGUGCGCCAAUAUACAUUUCCAUCCUGAGUGCCAGUUAACCCAGACCUGCCUUGGUCACAGUAUAAUGUCUAUGGUAAGCUUUAUGCUUAGAGAAUCAUCUAGCUAUAAAUGUAAUUAAUGAGCUGUUGGAACAGUGGUGUAAGACUGAUGGGGUCCUACUGCAACCAUGAUCAGGGGGCAUGUAAACCCUUGUGUACCUACUGUCAUGGGAAAAAGAAAGUACACUCUCUUUGAAUUUUAUGGUUUUACAUAUCAGAACAUAAUAACAAUCAUUUGUUCCUUAGCAGGUCUUACAGUUCGAUAAACACAACCUCAGAUGAACCACAACACAUGGCAUAUUACAACGUGUCAUGAUUUAUUUAACAAAAACGAAGCCAAAAUGGAGAAGCCAGGUGUGGAAAACUUAGUACACCUUAUGUAUAAAUAGCUUACAGAGCCACCCUAUGCAGCAAUAACUUGAAAUAAUAAUUUUCUGUAUUACUCUAUCAGUCUCACAUAUUGUUGUGGUGGAAUUUUGGCCCACUCUUUACAACGUUGCUUCAGUUCAUUGAUGUGCGAUUGGGCCGUUGCAACACAUUGAUUCUUUUUUAGCCAUUCUGCUGUAAAUGUACUGGUGUGCUUGGGAUCACUGUCCUGUUGCAGAAGCCAAGCUUUAGCUGUUGGACACAUGGCCUCACAUUUGACUCUAUAAUAAUUUGGUAUACAGAAGAGUUUGUGGUCAACUCGAUGACUGCAAGGUUCCCAGUUUCUGUGGCUCCAAAACAAGUCUAAAUCAUCACCCUUCCAUCACCGUGCUUGACAUUUAGCAUGAUGUGUUUGUGCUAAUAUGCUGUGUUUGGUUUUUGCCAAACGUGGCACUGUGCCUUAUGGACAAACAUCUCCACUUUGGUCUCAUCUGUCCAAAGAACUUUGUUCCAGAAGUCUUGUGGUUUGUUCAGAUGCAACUUUGCAUAAUUUCUCAGAUCAUUGCAUGGUCCGACCUUGGGGUGAAUUUGCUGGGAUGUCAACUCCUGGGAAGAUUGGCAACUGUCUUGAAUGUUUUCCACUUCUGAAUAACCCUUCUCAAAGUAGAAUGGUGGACUUUAAAUUAUUUGGAAACGGCCUCAUAGCCCUACCCUGUUUGAUGGGCAACAACAAUUGCUUCUCUAAGAUCAUUGCUGAUGUCUUUCCUCCUUGGCAUUGUGUUAACACAUUCCUGAAUGCUCCAGAUCAGCAAAUUGCUAAAACUUUGGCUUUUAUAGAGGUGGUCACACUUGCUGAUGAUCAAUUAAUCAAGAAGAUUUGAUUAGCAGUGUCUGUCUACUACUUAGCCUCUUAAUUUCCAUGGAAGCAGUAAAGGUGUAAUUAGUUUUUCUCCAUUUUGACUUUAUUAUUUUUAAAUAAAUCAUGACACAGUGUAAUAUACCAUGUGUUGUUGUUCAUCUGAGGUUGGAUUUACCUAAUUUUAAGGAAGAGCACUAGUAGUAGCCCAUGCUCUACCCCUUUAGAUCACCUCAUAGUCAGGAGUAGCCCAUUCUUUCCUGUCACCAUUGAGCAUCCCAUUCUCAACCCCCUAUUGUGGUUAGAGCUGUGGUAUAGGAUUGCAGAUAAUUAAUGUGAGAUGCACAGAACUGUGCUGAUUGGUACUGUAUGGAUCAUUUUCUGUGCAGCUGCACUCAUUCCUGCUGGUUUAUAAAGUGGAGUGACUGCUUUCCCACAAGUGGCUUUAUCAUGUCUGCUGGGGACACAAUAUUUCGAACUAACUGGGCCAGUGUGUUGUGGCUUAAUUGUAUAGGUGAAAUUGUGAACCAAAAUUACAUCUAUGCAUUGUUUUUUGUAUAAUUUAGCCUGGUUUGGUGUGUGCGUAGCUCCUAGAAACAUAAUUUAUGUGAUUGUUUUAUGCAUAAGGAUUUGAAAGUAGAAUGUUUUCAAUGUUAAUUAAUGUAGGUUUUGUCUUUGCUUCUGCAGGCCUCAGAGCCCAUUGUUGACCAAUGCUGUACCAGAUAUGGCGUCCAGCAUUGGCUCAGAGGAAAAUAGCAACUACUGUGAGGCUCUAGAAGCCACGUUGGAGGCUCUGCAGAGCAGGGCACAGAGGCUGGUUGAUAAAAUUAAUGAAGGGCGCACUAAGGACCAGGAGCUAAUGAAGAGCUUUAAUGAAAGCCUUGCAAUGAAGGUAUGACACCUCUGACACAAAUUUAAUAUAAUAUGACAUAAGAGGAUUAUUCAUAAUCAUACCAUAAUCACUACAGCUGUUGCAGUUAUAUUUCACAAAGAGAAAAGCCCAGCCCGCCUCGUGCAGAGAGAUCGUCCGUAUCUCCCGCCAGGGGCCCAACAGGCCUUGAGUAGCUGGAGGCCGCAGCUGCCGUCUUGCAGAAGUGAGGAGACCUGA